UCUCUAGUCAUCUCUCUCUAUCUCUCUCUCUCUCUCUCUAACACACACACACACACACCACUCUAAAUCUCACUCUGCAGAGGCACCAUCACUGUUUACAGUCCCUUGCUAAAUACAGACAAGUCGCACCACAUUUUUGCUAAUGAACACCAAUUAAAAAAAGAAAAAAGAAAAAAGGAAACACAAAUUGGAGGUGUGCUGUAUCGUUUUGCUCGAGAGCACCUCGUGAAGUUCAUGUGCAAAGUAUGGCGAAAGAGAUCUGAGACAGCGAGAUACAGAGUUAGAGAGAGAGAGAGAGAGAGAGAGAGAGAGAGAGAGAGAGAGAGAGAGAGAGAGAGAGAGAGAGAGAGAGAAAGUGACACUUGAUGAUUGCAACGGGUCUCUUGCUUAAAAAAAACACCUUUGUUGGUCGUUGCCGAAUACUCCAAGAUUCAGGAAUGUUAUUUCCUUUCUCUCUCUAGGGUUCAUCAUAGGAAUGGAGGGGGCUUUUAGUUAUGAAAAAGAAGUGCUUUCUUUACAUUCUUAGUGCUGAUAGGUUAGAAAGUUUUGAAUCCUUAUUUGAUUAGGUGCAUGCCAAAUUAGAGGUUUAAAUAGAAGGAUCUUCAAUCUUGGGUUGUUGUAUAUUAAGACUUAAGAGCAUUGAUUGAUGUUUUGGCCAUAUUCAAGAAUAUUCCCAUUGGAUCAAUUCAUGUUUUGACCAUGACCAGAGCCGUUCGAGAUCGGAUACUCAAAGAUGUGAACGGAAAUAUUAGCGAUCAUUUACGGAACCACAUUCAUUUAACAAACUGCAUUCAUUUAAAGAACCACAUGCACAAGCACAGUCCGAUGUUUGCCGAUCGAGCCCUUAUGAGGGAUCUAGUCACCCUUCAGAGAUCGAGGUCCUUGAGAGAUCCUUCCGCAAGUCCGCCCUCGUGGCAUUCUCCUUCCACGGUUGACCUCCUUCUCAAACGAGGCGAAAAGGGCGAUUUAGUCAACGGAAGACGGUCCGUCGAAGAUGCUUCUAGAAACUCUCAGGUGGGGCAUCGACAUGAUAGGCACCUUAAAACUUUGUCUGAUCAGUUGAAAGAUGCCCCGUUUGAAAGUGACGGUGCGGCUUCAUCUCGAAACACGAGGCAGAGUCAAGUACAGAAGAAUGGCGAAGAAGCAGGUGCAAGCAUCCGACAUAGGAGCAGUGUGAAUAACAGAGCGAAAAGGCGAAGAUUUCGAGGUGCGAGACGAACUCGCCCUUCUAUGGCUGCCCAAAAUGAAAUAUCUGUGGCGUCUAAUUCUUUUGCUCAAGCCCACAAACAUAAAGUCGAAGAGGGCAUUAAUGGUGUACCUGGAAAUGGCUGUGGUAUUCCGUGGAAUUGGUCGAGUCUUCAUAACCGAGGGAAAUCGAUUCUUGAUAUGGCUGGUCGGAGCCUCUCUUGUGGCUUAUCUGAAUCGGGGCUGAAAAGGGGCGGCUCCAAUUCUCGAGGAAUCAAUACUCAGAAUAUUCCGGUCAUGUCUGAAAACUCGAGCUCGUCCACUAAAUCCAACCACGGUGAAGCGUUGCCUCUAUUGCUCGAUGCUUCAGAAGGAAGCAUCGAACGUGCUCGUUGGUUUCAUGAUUAUUCGGGCGAAUUAGGCGUUUUUGCUGACAAUCUUUUGAAGCAAGAAACCGAUUCUGACCUGGCAUCCGAAGGUAGGUCCCACGAGCAACAACAUCAACACAAGCAUCGAAAGCAGCAUCAAGAAAGGCAUCAAAGUAUCACUCAAAAGUAUAUGCCAAGAACAUUUCGAGAUUUAGUAGGUCAGAAUUUGGUAGUACAGGCUCUUUCGAACGCGAUUGCAAAACGGAAAAUCGGGUUGCUCUAUUUAUUUCACGGGCCCCACGGAACUGGCAAAACUUCUUGUGCUCGUAUAUUUUCGAGGGCAUUAAAUUGCCAGUCCAUAGAUCACCCAAAGCCUUGUGGAUUUUGCAGUUCUUGUAUCAAGAAUCGAAAUGUAAGGGAAAUAGGUCCAGUUAGUAAUAUUGAUUUUCGGAAUAUAAUAGAACUUCUCGAUAAUGCAGUUGCUUCUCAGCUACAAUCUCAGUACAGAGUUUUCAUUUUCGAUGAAUGUGAUACUUUGUCUACCGAAUGUUGGAGCGCGAUAUUGAAGGUCAUUGAUCGAGCACCUAGGCGUGUUGUUUUUGUACUUGUCUGCUCGAGCAUUGAUGCUUUGCCUCAUGUAAUAAUAUCCAGGUGUCAGAAAUUCCUUUUCCCAAAAUUAAAGGAUGCGGAUAUUAUAUAUACGUUGCAGUGGAUUGCUACGAAAGAAGAUUUGGAUAUUGAUAAAGAUGCUUUGAAGCUUAUUGCUUCGAGAUCGGAUGGUUCUUUGAGAGAUGCUGAAAUGACUUUGGAACAGCUUAGUUUGCUCGGGAAGAGAAUAUCUAUUGGCCUCGUUCAAGAAUUGGUUGGCCUAAUUUCAGACGAGAAAUUAGUGGAUCUUCUUGAUUUAGCCUUAUCCGCCGACACAGUAAAUACAGUGAAGAAUCUGAGAGAUAUUAUGGAAUCUGGUGUUGAACCAUUGGCAUUAAUGUCACAGCUCGCUACGGUAAUAACCGAUAUUCUUGCUGGAAGCUACAUUUUCGUGAAAGAAAGUUCUAGAAGGAAGUUUUUCCGAAGAAGUUCACUAUCGAAAGAAGAUAUGGAGAAACUGAGACAAGCAUUAAAGAUAUUGUCUGAAGCAGAGAAGCAGCUUAGGGUUUCGAACGAUAGAAUGACGUGGCUGACAGCUGCACUUCUACAACUGGCGCCAGAUCAGCAGUACAUGGUACCUAAUUCGUCUGCCGAUACAAGUUUUAAUCAUAGUCCUCUGGUCUUAAAUAAUGAUGCUCAUUUAAGAGAGAAGCCGAGAAAAAGCAGUGCCGAAAUGCCCGCUUUUCGAAAUGUUCAUUAUGAUGAUGCUAAGUUGAAGGGCAGUGGUGGAAAUUUCGAAAAAGAAAACCCGAAAUUAAAUGAAGAGAUCGAUGAAAUUUGGAUGCAAGUUCUUGAGAAGAUUCCGAUUAAUGGCGUAAAAGAGUUUUUGUAUCAGGAGGCGAAGCUGGUUUCAGUCAGUUAUGGUGCAGCUCCAACAGUGCAAUUGCUGUUCAAUUCUCAGCUGACAAAAUCGAAGGCGGAAAAAUUCCGAUUGCAAAUAUUGCAAGCAUUCGAGUCUGUUCUUAGAUCACGAGUGACAAUCGAGAUCAGAUGCGAAUCAAGAAAAGACAUCGGAGCUGCGGACCCCACAAAGCACGAGGAGAUUAGAAGUUUCCGGAACAGAGACGCCUCAUCUUCUGGAAUCAAUAGAAGAGAAAUCGUUGAAAUCGAAGCUUCUCCUAGAGACUACAAAGAUAGGCAAAAUGUCGAAAACGCCCCUGGAGUAACGUCUAUGCAAAAGAAACCUAAUACGUUGGGUGACAGAAAUCAGAGCCUUAGCCUUGUUAGAAGUAAAGUCUCGCUUGCACAUGUGAUUCAACAGGCAGAGGGAUGUUCGCAGCAUAACGGUUGGUCGAAGCGUAAAGCAGUUUCGAUUGCCGAAAAAUUGGAACAAGAAAAUUUGAGAUUAGAAUCAAGAUCGAGGAAAUUGCUUUGUUGGAAUCCUCCAAAAGUAACAUGUAGAAAGCUUUCGCGUUUCAAAAUUCGAGCAAGAAAGCCACAAACUCUGCUGAAAUAUGUUUCUUGUGGAAGGUGUCUCUCUAGUAAGUCUCCGAGGUAAAAGGUUAUUCUGGUAAUUAUAUUUGAUCGUCGUAAACGGGCUCCCGUUUUCGGACAUCGGUGCUAGUUUCUAGAUUUCUUUCAUGUAUUUGUUUUUUUUAGGUCUUUCAUUAGACAAAAUCUAUUUAUUGAGAUAAAAUUAGAAUUAGCUCAAAUGAAAGAUUAGUAGAUUACAUCUUCAUUAAUAAUUUCGAUUUUAUUUUUUAUUUAUGAUUCUAGUUAUAAAAUCAUGUAUGUUCUUGAGUGUGUUAAAUAAAUGUUUCUUUUUAUUAGCAAAAUUAAUUUAUCUUUA